AUAAUUGGGCUUGAGUCGAUAAGUCUAAGUGGACAUGGCAGCAAUCUGCCUCCAGUUUGUCACCAGGUAUGGGAGGUGGUUCUGAUUGUGCUUGUGUCUGGGCCUCUUUCCAUUAUCACCAUCCUAGGUAACCUCCUGGUGGUCAUCUCAUUCCGUGUCAACAGUCAUCUACGAACCAUCAGUAACUACUAUCUGCUGAGUCUGGCAGUGGCAGACUUGAUCUUGGGUACUGUGUCAAUGAACCUUUAUACAGCAUAUGUAAUAAUGGGUCGCUGGACAUUGGGACAUCUCGCCUGUGAUCUGUGGUUGGCACUAGACUAUGUAGCAAGCAAUGCCUCAGUAAUGAACCUGCUGGUCAUAAGCUUUGACCGGUAUUUUUCUGUGACUCGACCGCUGACUUAUCGUACAAAGCGUACGCCCAAAAAAGCAGCAGUUCUGAUUGCUCUUGUAUGGGUGGUGUCAUUUAUACUGUGGGGACCUGCUAUCUUGUUUUGGCCGCAUGUGGUAGGACGACCAUCUGGGGAUGAAGCUCACGACUGUUCAAUUCCCUUCUUGAAGGUGCCUCCACUAACAUUUGGCACAGCAAUCGCUGCAUUCUACCUACCUGUCAGCAUUAUGAUUAUUCUGUAUUGGCGAAUUUAUUGGGAAAUUGAGAAUAGAGCAAAAGGACUUGCCAGUUUUAUUGGGUCUGUGAAAAAAACUAGGGAUGUUAUGGAUGGGUUGGAAAAACAAUCGAUACACGAAGCCAGCGACAAGGGCAGCUUAAAUAGCUCGAAAGAAAAUUCUCGAAAGGGGCAAGGGUUGGCCAAAGACAGUUGGAUGUCAGUUCAGUGUUUUCCUUGGAGACAAAAUUCCCUCAGGUCAACAAGGAGCAAAAUGGCAGCCAUUUUGCCAAAGUCACCUCAAGAGCGUUACAAAGAGGCUUGCAGCAACAGUAGCUGGAACAUUGAAGAUGAGGAUGAAGAAGAUGUUGGUUCCUUGUCUUCCUCUACUGAGGAGGAACAGGAGCAGAACAAGAAGAAAAGCUCUGGCAGCUCGGAUACUGGCUGUGUUAUGUAA